GAACGACACUGGUGAAUUUGUCAAUCGUUUUAUGUUAAAGUCAGAAGUUUUACAAAUUCUAAGAUUUCUUUUUACUUUGUAAACACAAUUUAUAAUAUACAGUAUAAUUGUGUUGAUUAAUUUUUGAAGAAUCAUGUGGAAAGCGUCAGCAGGUCAUAACAUUGAAGUACCAGCUGAAAACAUAGAUGAUGACUGGGAAACUGAUCCUGAUUUUGUUAAUGAUGUUAGCGAAGAAGAACAAAGAUGGGGUUCUCGAACGAUACCAGGAUCUGGACGAGUUUUAGAUCAUGUUGAUAUGAGCCAACUAAGAGAAGAAGUUACAAAAUCACAUGAAAUCCUAAAGAAAAAAGAGAUGGAACAUGGACCUAAAGCUGCAUUUGGUUAUGGAGGUAAAUUUGGAGUCCAAAAUGAUAGGAUGGAUAAGUCAGCAGUUGGACAUGAUUAUGUUGCUCCCAAGUUCAAACAUGUAUCUCAAACUGAUUAUAGUACUGGUUUUGGCGGAAAAUUUGGUGUUCAGUCAGACCGAAUUGAUAAAAGUGCUGCUGGCUGGGAUCACAAAGAAAAGAUUGAAAAGCACACUUCUCAAAAAGAUUAUAGCUCCGGAUUUGGGGGUAAAUUUGGUGUUCAAGCAGAUAGACAAGAUAAAAGUGCUGUAGGUUGGGAUUACAUUGAAAAAAUAGAAAAACAUGAAUCUCAGAAAGAUUAUACUGUUGGUUUUGGUGGAAAAUUUGGUGUGCAAACUGACCGACAAGACAAGUCUGCUGUUGGAUGGGACAGCAUAGAAACUGUUGAAAAACAUCAGAGUCAAGUUGAUCAUAAUAAAGGAUUUGGUGGUAAAUUUGGUAUACAAAAUGAUAGAUUAGAUAAGUCAGCACAUAACUAUAAUGAAGGCUCAGGCUCUGUUGGAACUAAUUACCAAAAAGUUAAACCAGAAAUAACUUCUAUAAAACCAUCGAGCUUAAGAGCUAAAUUUGAGAAUAUGGCUAAACAAGAAGAGGAAGAAAAUGAAAAAAGGCGUUUGGCUGAACAAGAGCGGAGAAAACAAAGAGAAGUACAAGAGAAAAAAGAAGCUAAAGAGAGAGAAGAAAAAAGGUUAAAAGAACUUCAAGAAAAUGAAGAAAAGAAACAAAAAUUAUUAAGAGGUCCAACCACCGAAAAAUCUCUCCCUAUGAAAGUAGAACAUGAUGGUGACCUUAUGAAAACUUCUGAACCUGUUCUACCACCAGUGGUUGUAGGUGCAACUAUUCAAUCAUCUUUGAAGAAUGAUGAAGAAACAUUAAAAAAAGUAAGAGCUGAAGAAGAACAACAAAGACAAAAAGAAGAUAAGAUUAAGUUAUUAGAAAAUGAUCAAAGUAAAUUGGAGAAGCAAAAAAAAAACGAACUUCAAAACUUAGAAGAAGAAAAAAAAAAGGUUGAAGAAGAAAGAAAAAAAGAAGAAAAAAAUAAAGUAGAGGAAGAUAAAAAAAUGGAAGAAAAAAAGAAGGCACAAGAAAAUAAAAGAAUAGAAGAAGAAAGGAAAAAUUCAGAAGAAAAUAAAAAACGACUUGAAGAAGAAAGGAAAAAUGCUGAAGAAAAUAAAAAACGCCUUGAAGAAGAAAAGAAAAAUGCAGAAGAAAAUAAAAAACGUCUUGAAGAAGAAAGACAAUUAGAAGAACUUAAACUUUGUGAACAGUUGAAAAAUGAAGACAUACACGAGGAAGAUGCAGAUACAGGUUAUUCAGCUGUUGCAUUGUAUGACUAUCAAGCAUCUGCUGAUGAUGAAAUAAGCUUUGACCCCGACGAUAUUGUAACAAACAUUGAAAUGAUAGAUGAAGGUUGGUGGAGGGGAUUUUGCAAAGGGCAAUAUGGUUUGUUUCCUGCUAACUAUGUUGAACUUCUACAGUAAAUCUUUUUUUAGGAUGAUAUUGAAUUUAAAAAUAAAUAUUUUUUAAUAUUCAAUUUUUUUUUUUUUAAUAAUUGUAUGCUGUUAAAGGAUUUAUAUUCUUAAAUUGAAAUUUUGGAAAGCUCAAUGUGUUUACUUAGUUUACAAAACUGUAUACUGAAAUAUUAUACAUAAAUUUUUAAUAAAAAUAACAUAUUUUUAUGUGGUUAAAAAAACAAAUUAAAUUUUAUAUUUAUGAAAAUAA